AUGACUAAAAUAGACAUAAUUGGAGGUAGUGGUGGUGAUGAAGGUGGAGUUGGUGGUUAUGGUAGUGGUAGUGGUAGUGGUGGUGGUGGUGGUGGGGAUGGCGAUUGUGGAGGUGGUGGUGAUGGUGGUAGUGGCAGCAUGGUGGUAGUUGUGGUGUUGGUUGUGGAGGUGGUAGUAGAUAUGGAGGUUUUGGAGGAGGUGGUGGUUGUAGUGGUAGUGCUACUGGUGAUGGUGGUAGUGCUGAUGAUGGUGGUGGUCGUGGUGGUCGUGGCUGUGGCGGUGGUGGAGGUGGAGGAGGUGGUGGAGGUGAAAGAGGAGGUGGAGGUGGUGAUUGUGGUGGUGGUGCCGGAGGAUGAGGAGGAGAAGGAUGUGGUGAUGGUGAUGAUAGUGGCAGUGGUUGUUGAGGUAAUGAAUGUAGUGGUGCAAGUGGUGGAGUUGGAUGUGGAAAUGGGGGUGAUGUCAUUUUUUAAAAUGAAUGAUGGUAUUUUGGGAAUUAAAAAAAUUCAUUAA